UGGGUGUGGUUAUUAGAAGACAUCCUGGUAUACUUUCAUUCCUUCUGCAAGAGAGAAAGUUGCAUUCCUGAACAGGGGGGGAAAAAAAGCAACACUGCAGCAAGCAGAUAAUUCCAGGGUGUACCGUCACCAUGUGGCUUUGGCCUCUGCUUCCUGUGUUCCUGGCUGUAGGGGGCAUAUCUGGCUUCUGGGUUGUAUUUGCCAUGGCAGUUGCAAAUGGCUCCGUCAACAUUACAGAAGCAUUUCCAUAUAUCAGCACGUGUGGUGCUUAUCCACCCCAGAGUUGUGUAUUUGGACAAAUUCUUAAUCUAGGAGCCUUUUUAGGUGUGGUGAUCUGCUUUCUAAAGUACCAACAAGUCCGAGAUUACGGCUGUCACUCCCAUCUGAAUCUAGUUGGACUCCUUUUAGGCAUCCUUUGUGCCUUUGGUGCCUCAUUAGUGGGCAACUUCCAGCAAUAUAACCAACUGGAAGUCCAUUUGACAGGCGCCUUCUUGGCUUUUGUGGUUGGCAUCCUUUAUUUCUGGGUCCAGACCUUUCUGACCAACCAAGUGAAACCAAGACAUGGAGGGAGAUGGAUUGGACCACUCCGGUUCUUUCUCAGCUUUUGUGGUUCUGCCUUGAUUAUUUCCACGGUUGCCCUUUUUUUCAUGCAACUGGAUUCUGAGGCUGCCUACUGCGAAUGGGCCCUGGCCAUGGACCUCUUCCUGCUCUUUGGCCUCUUUGUGGUGGAUUUCCGGCACAUGGGGGGCUGCUCGGUCCACGUACGCCACCGCUUUGCAGAUGAGAAUUCCCGGGAUGUCCAGCCCUCAGUACAGACCCUUGCGCUCUGAUUCCUCACCGAGAAGAAGGUGUCUCGGUGAACCUGUCUGUGCACCAAGCCUGUUUUUCUGGUGGGAAACAUCACCAGGUCCAGCACUUGGCUAGGAGGGAAAGAGAACCUAAAAUGUGGCCUGACCUCAGUCUAUCAUUUUCUCAUUUGGAAAGUCGUCUUAGCUGUGAGUCCUCAUCUUGGACCCAUGUAAUUCUGUUGUAGAGCAGAAAUGUCACAAGUGUCCUUUAUAAGGGUUCAGCCGUUUUCUUCUUCUGACAAGGAAGCUAGCCCCUGUGUUUUUCACCGGAAAAUCCACCUAUCAUCUCCUUUGUUUGUUCUCUGCGCUGCUAUUUUUUAAAAAAAAUCUAAUUAUCUGCUAGUAACCUCCCAAUUGGCCAGCUCACCUCCCCAGAACCACUUUGAUGGAAGAAUCCCAGUUACAAACUGUGAAGUGAUGAGGCCUUGUUUUUUACCUCCUGGUAUGACUAUUAACUCCCUUCAGCAUAGAUGAAAGUGAAUAGUUUUUCUACUAUUUACUCUUCUUCCAUCAUUGCCAGCCUAGCCGUGGGGGAGAACAAAGGAACCAGACAAAAACGCUCCACGGCCAUUUUGCACAGUAGAUCUUGCUGCCUCAAAGCUGACUUAACUACAUAUACUUAUAAUCUAAAACCAGUUUAAACAGGGGUAGCCCUACAGAAUGGUUAUGCCUAUAUGUGUAUGAAUCGCUUCUUUCAGACAUGCAAGAUAAUACUAUCCAACUUCUUAAAAUGUGUCUGUGUAUACACUAGAUAUAUACUCAAAAGAGUGAAUCCAAGUUCUACUAGAAGCCAACAACUUUGGGAGUCCUUCCUCUGAUCAAAAAGGAAUUUGUUUUUCCUAAUAUUUAAGAUCGAGGACUGGAGUUGAAUUAUCCCAUUGUUGGGCCAUAUCUGAAAAUCCAAAGCUGCCCUCUUUAUGUUUUCCUCAAGACUUUGCCCAAAUUAUAUUCUACCACAAGAGGGAAAAAGUUCCUAUAUUCCUCCCUGCCAACUUGUAUUUUAACUACUGUACUCAUAAUAACUUUUCCUGGCUCAACUUCAGUUCUUUUGUGGGGGGAAAUUAAUAAAUUUAGAGUCUUCAGUUCCUA